AUGAGAAGGUUUACUGAUUAUUUUCCCUUAUUCCUCCAACUACUGAAGUUACGCGCGACUAAGAUCCUCUUUCGGCUCCAACCCAUUGAUGUGUGCUUCUUUGUGACCGUUCGACGAGAGUUGGAUGAUUACUUUGAUCCCUCUAUUGGGUCUCUGUUGGAAGGGCUAGACCCACGGGAGCGACGCGCCUUGUACCUCAAUGUUCUUUUUGCCGAUACAGACCCGACGAGGCAUCCCAGCUGGGGACAGAACUGGGUGGAUCGACUCACCGAUACGUCGAGUUCCUACAAUGUUUCUGGUGAACAACUCGCGCAUUUGCAGGCAAUAGAGAAGGAUAAAGACUUUCAUGAAAAGGGAGUGUAUGACUAUAUCUAUGCCUUAAGGGCAUGCCAAGUAACCAACGCUCCGUAUAUCGCCAUAUUCGAAGACGACAUUAUUCUUGCAGAGGGUUGGAUGACCAAGACCUUAAAGGCCCUAGCAGACAUAAAUCAUAUCGUCCAAAACAAGACAUCCUGGAUUUACCUCCGCCUAUUCUACACGGAGACUGCUCUGAGUUGGACGUCAUCUGAUUUCGCCUAUAGAAACAUGCCGCUUAUCUUUGGAUUGAUGAUGCUGCUUACUAUAGGCUGUCUGCUGGUUCUCCGCCGCUUCCCCAUCUGCCAUUCUUAUUUGGACUAUCCCACAGUCUUCGUCAUUUCUCUAGUCUGUGUACCGGCCUUCACAGCUCUUGUGUACAUGAUGGGGAAAUACAACAUUAUGCCACUCCGGGGCGUGGUGGAGAUGAACACAAAUGGCUGCUGUACACAGGCCUUAGUGUUUCCCAGGGCGCAGGUGGAUGACCUGGUUCGAUAUCUCGAGGAGAAACGUGGACAAACCGACUUGUUGAUUGAGGAAUAUGCGGAACAAACCGGAUUAACAAGAUACGCUCUCGCGCCACCUCAGCUUCAGCAUGUAGGGCUGAAGUCUAGCCGGGGGAACGCUGAUAUUCAUACACAGAGUACGUGGGCGUUCUGGUUUGAGGAUAAUGAUCCAAUCACUCUGAAGAGAGAACAUGAGGACCUGCUGCGUAGUAAGGACAUAGGGAACAUCCUACAGGAUCAUAACUAG